ACGUUGGCAGUAGUAAUAGUAGGAAGUCAGCCCGAAGAUUAUAUUCACGGAAGUAAGGUCCUACAUAUUGGUAUACCAUCUUUAUGGUAAAGUAGGCUAAAUAACUGUGGUGUAAUAAAAGCAACAUAAAAGCCACUGUUGGAAUCAUGAAGAUCACUUUCGGGUUUCUGCUUGCCACGUUGCUUUGCUUGGUUUCAGGUAGUUUCUCAAGGACACUGAACAUUCAAGAGUUACCAGCAUCUGAUCACAGACAGAGUUAUGAGAAGCAAAACAAGCACAUUGAGAUUUGGGAACUGUGGAAGCACCGACAGAAGCGGGAGAGUGCUCAGAAUGAGAGUGGGAAGCAGACUGUGAUAGAUGCUCAGAAAGAGAAUGUGAAGCAGACAGACGGAGGAGCUCAGAAUGAUGGCAAGAAGCAGACUGGCGUAGACGCCGACAAUGAGGGCGGCAAGCAGACUGGCGUAGGCGCCGACAGUGAGGGUGGCAAGCAGACUGGCAUAGGCGCCGACAGUGAGGGCAGCAAGCAGACUGGCGUAGGCGCCGACAAUGAGGGCGGCAAGCAGACUGGCGUAGGCGCCGACAGUGAGGGCGGCAAGCAGACUGGCGUAGGCGCGGACAGUGAGGGCGGCAAGCAGACUGGCGUAGGCGCGGACAGUGAGGGCGGCAAGCAGACUGGCGUAGGCGCGGACAGUGAGGGCGGCAAGCAGACUGGCGUAGAUGUCGAGAGUGAGGGCAAGAAGCAGACUGGCGUAGGCGCCGAGAGUGAGGGCAAGAAGCAGACUGGCGUAGGCGCCGACAGUGAGGGCAAGAAGCAGACUGGCGUAGGCGCCGACAGUGAGGGCAAGAAGCAGACUGGCAUAGGCGCCGACAGUGAGGGCAAGAAGCAGACUGGCGUAGGCGCCAACAGUGAGGGCGGCAAGCAGACUGGCGUAGGCGCCGACAGUGAGGGCGGCAAGCAGACUGGCGUAGGCGCCGACAGUGAGGGCGGCAAGCAGACUGGCGUAGGCGCCGACAGUGAGGGCGGCAAGCAGACUGGCGUAGGCGCCGACAGUGAGGGCGGCAAGCAGACUGGUGUAGGCGCCGACAGUGAGGGCAAGAAGCAGACUGGCGUAGGCGCCGACAGUGAGGGCAGCAAGCAGACUGGCGUAGGCGCCGACAGUGAGGGCAACAAGCAGACUGGCGUAGGCGCCGACAGUGAGGGCGGCAAGCAGACUGGCGUAGGCGCCGACAGUGAGGGCGGCAAGCAGACUGGCGUAGGCGCCGACAGUGAGGGCGGCAAGCAGACUGGCGUAGGCGCCGACAGUGAGGGCGGCAAGCAGACUGGCGUAGGCGCCGACAGUGAGGGCAAGAAGCAGACUGGCGUAGGCGCCGACAGUGAGGGCAAGAAGCAGACUGGCGUAGGCGCAGACAGUGAGGGCGGCAAGCAGACUGGCGUAGGCGCAGACAGUGAGGGCAAGAAGCAGACUGGCGUAGGCACAGACAGUGAGGGCAAGAAGCAGACUGGCGUAGGCGCCGACAGUGAGGGCGGCAAGCAGACUGGCGUAGGCGCCGACAGUGAGGGCGGCAAGCAGACUGGCGUAGGCGCCGACAGUGAGGGCGGCAAGCAGACUGGCGUAGGCGCCAAGAUUGAGCAGCCAAAUUAUGAGUUGGACAAUACUGAUAAAGAUUGGGUGGGAAAUAAUGGAAAUGAGGGUCUGAAUGAGGAAAACCCAGAAGAUGAGGAUGGGUCAGACCAUGAAGACCUUAAUGAUGAACAAGGUGCAGACACUAAAAAUAAACCAAGUGAAGAUAGAGAGAGGACACUAACUGGAGAGCAAAAUGCUGUCUACAAAGCUGGCAUGGAGGAAGCAGAGAGCAGCCAUUUCUUUGCAUACCUUGUAGUGACUGCUGUCACAGUUGCUGUCCUUUAUGUUGCAUAUCAUAACAAAAGAAAAAUAAUUGCAUUCUUCCUGGAAGGAAGAAAAUCAAGCAUGGGACGACGCCCCAAAUCCAGCGACUAUCAGCGACUGGAUCAGAAGAUGUGAGCGUAAAGUCUGCUAUUGAAAAAAAGAGGCAUGUUACCAGCAACGUGGCAACAUGGAUGAAAUACUGUGAAUCAGUGACACAACUUUAAAAUUCAAGAUUGUAAAAAUAACAGGACUUGCACCAGACUUAAGAGGUUCGAGUUUAUUUUUGUUGAAAUUUACAACACGAAGGUUGUUAAAACAUUUUAGCUUUCUCUCUCUCUCUGCUUUGACAUCACACCCUGCAGUGCCACUUGCAGCAUGACCAAUGCCACUGCAGAACGGCUGGCUUUGUGUGAGACAAAUAAUUUGCACUUUCUAAACAUUGUACAGAAGGAAGUUCUAACCAGCAGUGCAGAUGUUGGUAUCCCCUGAAGUACAGCAUUGUGUGACUGUGAAAGUUGAGCUGGCAUGGACCUAACCAAGUGUAUGUUUCCAGUGUACCAAAGUUUAUAUCCACCUUUUGAUAAUAUUUUUACAAAUUAAUAUCUUCAGUGAUGUCAAAUAUCUGAGAUUUUUUUUCUUAUGUGCACUGCAGUCUAAACAAGCACUUAAUUUGAUCAGUUCGUGCAUAAUUCCUUUGAAGGUAAUGUAAAAUCAAAAGUGGAUUAUGGACUAUAUAACGCAUUGUCAAGAAUUUAGAUUUAAUUAAAAUUGCAUGUCUGAUCCAAAAAAAAAAAAAAAAAUCGGCCGCAUUAAAUCCUCAUUCUAGCUCAGGUUCAAACUUGUAACAGAUUGCACUCUCAGUAUCAAGGUGUCCCUUAACAUGUGGAGGUGGGAUUUAUGCCCCCCCCCCCCCCACACACACACACACACACACACACACCACUGCUUCUAAAUUGUUCUCAGUAUCAAGGCUGCAUGACUUUGGAGAUGCAUGCAGUACUUGUUUUCCUAUGAAUUUAAGUCUUUCACUGAUAUGCAAAGGUAUGUGACCUCAAAGUGAGGGUAACUAAGUAACAGUGGUAUGAUGGGUACAGUCUUUACUGAUGUUGGUGAUGGGUACAGAGAUGAGUAAACGUUACCUGUUAGGCAUUCUGAUUUCAAAUAGCAUGUUGCUUUAACAUUUCACAGAAGAUGGGAUUUUAUUCAGUACACUGUUCCCUUCUUCUUUUGUGAAUUUUGUGAGGUUUGCUAUCUAUUCUUAUCAUAGUCUGUUCUUGUAUUCUUUGGUACUAGUAAACAGGAUUUUAAUGACCAUUGUAGUUUCACUGACUAGUACAUUUACAUAUAAGAAAACUGUGAUUUACUGUAACUGUACUUCUUUUUGCCAUUUAAAAGCAAAAAAAAAGAGAUCAGAGCAUAAGGAAACUAAAUUACAUAAAAUAUAAGAAUAAAAAACUUUUUACUCUUCUUUUUUCAAACAUUAUGAUGGCCUGUGAUAUGCCCACUUGCUUAACAAAGAGCAUGUUCUUUCACUCCAGCUGAUGAUGCUGAGAUGAGGAGUGGAGCCGUAGAUCUUCUUGUUACAGUGGAGUGUAGCAUGCAGAUCAUAGUGGGUGUGUUAUGGCAGUCUUUUGUAAGUUCACAACCUGCUCUCCGUUUUUGCCACAGUAGUUGCAGUGAUUCUCAGUUAGCCUGAACAUUGGUAUUAUUUUAGAGAUCAUGAGAAAUUACAUCACACUGACUCUGUUUCCUGAAUUAACCUAACAUUUAUGUUUUUAGUGCAUUUGUGAUUCUUACUGAGAGUUCAUUACCUGCUGUCUGGUCACAACAAUGCAUUAAAUGUUGCAGCUGACCGUCUAAUACAGUUACUCAGAACUGAAUAAAAACAUGUUGUACUAGUCAGUCAUUGUAAUGUAAUUACCAUGCAGCAGUCUAACUUUUUUUUUUCUUGAGCCAUCUCCACCAUGUAGAUCUUUGGUCAAUUUUUAAUAAAUCAUUUUAGUUAUGUCAGACUAAAACCAUCCAGACUAUUCUUUGGUCAUUAAAAAUACCGUAAGCCUUCCUAGGCCAGCAUAGUUAAAGGGACCACUUCAUCACUGAAGGCAAUGCAUAGGUAAAUCGCAAAUGUAGUUAAUUUAUUAGUUAUAAACACAAUUACAUGCAUAUAUUUUUUUGUGCAAGUGUGUGAUUCCUACAGUUGGUUGAAUGCAUUUUGUUAAGAUGGGAAUUGUCAGACUUAUUCAAGUCUUGUAUAAUCUUCUCAUUUUGUUGAACCAUCUCUUCGUGGUAGUAUGCAGUUCCACAACAUUGGAGAAAUGGAGGUUUUUCUUUAUCCUUACUGUUCUGCGAUGACAGAGGUAGUAUAUUCAGAGAAACAUGGUGUGCAAGAAGGGGUUUGUCUCUUUCUUUUCUUGUUUAUUUUUUCUUGUCCUCAUGAAAUAAGUUUCAUGUGCACACAUGUGUAUUUGUCCCAUUUCAUUUACUGUACGUUUCUACAGAUGUAUUGUUUAUUUCUUCAGUUAGUGUUUGUUUUUGGACAUUUGCCUGUGCUGGUGAUGAUUGGUUGGCUUUAGUGAUGAAUACCAACUGAUUUUCUUCAUCAGCUACAGCAGACUGCUAUGGCAGACUAUCAUACUUUUUUUUUUAACCCCCUGAUGGUCUGCAUCUCUUAUUCUGUGAUACAUAUAUAGUAGCAUAAUUGUACAUCCGAUUAUAGUGUCCCUGUUUUGUUUUUGCAAUAAAAAUGCACAGUAACAAAUAUUGAAGAUAGUUUCCUGCAUCAUGAUGUAUGGAAUUAGUAAAUUCCAAAAUAGUUAUAAAAAUAAAACAUUGAAACUGUAUUGGGAAACUUGUUUAUAGAUUUGUUGGAAGGCAAGCCCCCUUGUACCAACCCCUAAACCAACAGCUUCACUACUUUUUAUAUUACCACCAAGGUCAUAACACCAAAGAGAAACGGCAUGUUUUGUUUAGUGCUUAUUCUUGACAUUAUUCUGUUUUUUAGCAAACAUUUGUGUGAUGUACCACCAUAUGCUGCAGUGCACAGAUUUUUGUUUUUUUUCAUUCAUUACACUGCCGUGUGAUUUGGGUGAUUUUAGCUAUUUCUUUUUUAUUAAUUCUGUUUUAGUAGUUUAUUUUAUCAAAAAUAGCCAUUACAAGUGGUGUUUAAUGCUAAGUCUUCAAUAGACUUUUAUUUUGGCAAUAGCAAAGUAGGUAAUCUUCAACAGCUUUUCCUCAUUUUAGAUAAUUUUUCUUUGAAUUAUUUCAUUUUUAAAGGUUGAUUGUCUGCCCUACUGUUUGCAAAACCAAUGAUACCCAUUGAAGGAGUGCCUUUUGACAAUCUGUACUUAUAAUUUUCCCAUUAGUAUACUGUUAUUUGUCACAUUAUAGUCUGGCCAUUUUACUAGUCUGUAAAAAUGAACAUGGGUGUUAAUGUAAGACCGAAUACAUUAAAUUGCAGCACACAGUAAAGUUACAUGUGUCCAGAGUAUAAUUUUUUACUGUAGGUGAACUAUAUUAAUCACUUCAGUUAAGUCUUAUUUUUGAAUAACUAUCUUGGUCUGAAGUAGAUUUACAAGGGGCAAGCUCUGGUCCUGAUAUGAAGAGAAAGAAGAGAAUGUCAGAUGGAAGCCUAUGCCUCUGCCUUAAUUGCCAACCUGCUGGAGCAGAUCUGCAUAUUGAAACAGUACUGUGCAGUACCUUCAAAGGACAUUGUGUACAAGUUCUCUAAAGUUGGCAAAAAGUGUUCCACCCAUUAUUCAGUAGCUCUGUACAUAUUGUAAAUAAUAAACUUAUGAACUUGUGA